GCUCUCCUGCCGUACCAACUUUUCAAGACAGCAAGUUACAGUGCAGCAGCUCCCCUUGUCGGUGUACUCCAGCCGGGAAAUAGCUUCAGCUCAGCUACUGUCGGCCUGCCUCAUCGCUUCGGCACGGAGCCGCCGACUUUUUCCUCCUUGCGUCUGCCCGACCGCAUGAGCUUUCUCCUCAGAUCAGCACAAUCCUGCCGCACAAUGUCUUCGGCUACAAUGGUCACCCUGGGUAGCCUCAAGCGCAUACAGGCGCCAAAGCUGGCAGAGCAGCUCCUCGCCAACGCAGAGAACCCAGGCGACGACUCGGUCGCCAUCGUCGACGUGCGGGACGACGACCACAUCGGCGGCCACAUCCAGGGCUCGAUCCACGCCCCCUCCCAAUCUCUCGACGCCAUGAUGCCGACGCUUCUGCGGAAACUGGAGGAUAAGGAGACCGUGGUGUUCCACUGCGCCCUGAGCCAGCAGAGGGGCCCAAGCGCUGCUCUCAAGUACGCGAGGGAGCGGGCGGCGCUGGUUGAGAAGAUGAAGAAGGAGGGCAAACAAGAGAAGGUGCAAACCGUGUAUGUGUUGGACAGGGGCUUUGUCGGGUGGCAAGAAGUAUACGGAACGGAUGAGAGGUUGACGGAGGGUUAUGAAAAGGAGAUAUGGGCGAAUGGGUAUUAGUGUUAAAAGAUUGAUAAGAGAGAGAGAGAGAGAGAGAGA